AUGGAGUACAAUAUGCUCUCUCUCAUAGUCCUAAUAGUAACAUUGCUAUGUUUCACCGAGUGUGUCAUUGCAGCAAAGCUUUGCGAGGACUGUGGUCACACUCUAGUGCCAUAUCCACUUAGCACUGGACCUAACUGUGGUGACCAAUCCUAUAAGGUUCAGUGCAAAGCAGGCACACUUUGGUUCAAUGCACUCAAUGGAUCAUCCUACGUGAUUACAUCCAUCAAUCCUCAGAUCCAAAGGCUAAUUCUCCGACCACCCCGCUUUGCUAAGAACACAUGCAUGGCAGCCGAUCUUUGGAGCAAUGGAAUACAGCUAGACAAUAACCUCCCAUUCAACAUCACUAGCAGCAACACAGUCAUGCUUAUGAACUGUUCCACUGAAAUGCUUCAACUUUCAAUGAAUUGCUCAUCAGCUAGCAUGUGCCAUAACUACAUUAGAGGUACUGCGGCCGUGGCAGCCGCCUGUGGAUUUUCGCCAGUGCUAUGCUGUUGGUUUAAGACAGGUGGGUCUUUCAGCGAGUAUAGGAUAAGAAUUCGACAGGAACGGUGCUCAGCCUAUGUAAGUUUUGUAAAUUUGGAUACUUCUUUGCCUGUGAAUGAAUGGCCACAGCCAGGAUUGGAGAUAGAGUGGGCAUUGCCACAUGAGCUAGUCUGCAAAAUGCCGGUUGAUUGUAGAGAUUUGGCGAAUUCGGAAUGUUUAUUUAAUUCGGCGAGUGUUGGACGGUGCUUAUGCAAGGCUGGGUUUCAAUGGGACCCCAUCAAUGGAGUUUGCAAAAACGUGAAAUGUCAACAUGGAAGAGGUUGCCAUGGUAGAGAGAGCCUAACUCCACUCAUUGAAGGCUUAAUGUUUUCUGGAGGUGCAAUGCUAUUCGGAGUCUUAAUUUCCGCUAUAGUGUACAAGCAUCGACAGUGCAUUAGGAGAAAAGCCCAAUCAAGUCUAAGCAAGAUGCAGAUAGACCUGUUGAGUGCCAACAACAGUUGUGGCAAAUCAGCCAGGAUCUUCACUGGCAAAGAAAUAACAAGAGCAACCAACAACUUCUCCAAGCACAAACUCCUUGGCUCCGGCGGUUUUGGCGAGGUCUUCAAAGGCAUUCUUGACGAUGGAACCACCAUAGCCGUCAAGCGUGCCAAGCCUGGAAACACAAAGGGUAUCGAUCAAAUUCUCAAUGAAGUACGAAUUCUUUGCCAGGUUAACCAUCGAAGCCUAGUCCGACUUCUGGGCUGUUGUGUUGAGCUUCAUCAACCUCUUCUAAUCUAUGAGUACAUUCCAAAUGGAACCCUUUUUUAUCAUCUCCAUGGGACUCAUUCUAGCAAGCCAGUGCCACUCUCCUGGUACCGGCGGCUUACCAUUGCUCACCAAGUAGCUGAAGGGCUUGCAUAUCUCCACACUUCUGCUAUACCACGGAUUUACCACAGGGAUAUAAAAUCAAGCAACAUUUUACUAGAUGAAAAGGCUAAUGCUAAAGUUUCAGACUUUGGGCUGUCAAGGUUGGAUGUGAACGAAACAAGUCAUAUUACAACAUGUGCUCAAGGAACUUUAGGUUAUCUUGACCCCCAAUACUAUCUAAACUUCCAACUGACCGAUAAGAGUGAUGUUUAUAGCUUUGGAGUUGUUUUGCUGGAGCUGUUGACUUCGAAGAAAGCUAUUGAUUUCAGGAGAGAAGAUGAAGAUGUGAACUUGGUUGUUUUUAUGAAGAAGAUAUUGAGAGAAGAGAAGCUCAUGUAUGCAAUCGCUCCAAUGCUUAAAGAAGGCGCUAGGAAGGUAGAAUUGGAGACUAUGAAGGCACUGGGAUCUCUAGCAGCAGCGUGCUUGGAUGAGCAUAGGCAAAACCGGCCGUCAAUGAAAGAAGUUGCUGAUGAGAUUGAGUACAUCAUUGGUAUUGUUUGUAGUGAGGUUUCUGCUACUUAUUAG